UUCAUUUUAUUUAUUUUAUUAUAAUGUUUUCCCUGCCAAUCUCCUGCUCCACACUCCAGUCCAGUAGAUGGCUGUAAUGCACCUAUAAGCUGGUUUGCAAUAAACCUUAAAGAAGAAGCACCACCACCAGGAAGUGUCUCGCGCAGAGCCGACCUGCUGACGGUUCUCCCCAUCCAGAGCAUCGCUCCAAACAAACCUGCUUCUCAUCAUAUCUAAUCUAAAAUGUUACUGUGUUGACAUCAUGUGUAACCUUGACUAGCUGUGUGAUGGAGACGGUUCAGUCUGGUUCCUAGUGUCCUCAUAGAGAGUCCUCUGAUGCUCCAUCAUGAUCCCUGUUCCUCUGCUGGUGGUUGUGAUGGGAGUCUGGUGUGUUGUCUAUCUGGCCGACACACUGCUGAAGUCGUUGUCGACAUAUCGGAUCAGCUGGGAGUCAUGGCUGGCGAGUCGAGGGCUGGCGUUGUCUCCUUUCCAUUUGAGAUGGCAGACCACCAUGUUCAACCGGCUGUUUGCGUACUGCGCCCGCAUCAACCCCCGAGCCCAGUUCCUGUGGUUCAACUGCGGUCUGGUGUUUGGUGUAGUUGCCAUGGUGGGAUCAGUGGUGCUGCUGACAAAGACGCUGCAGCAGACGCUCGCUCAGAUGACCUCCGACAACCCUCGGAUAGGAGGACAGCAGGCCCUGCAGGUGGUGGUCCCUGGUGUCAAUCUGCCCACCAGUCAGCUGGCCUACUUCUUCAUCGCCCUGCUGCUCAGCGGAGUUAUACAUGAGCUGGGCCACGCUGUGGCAGCAUUGAGGGAGCAAGUGCGAGUAAACGGCUUCGGCAUCUUUGUGUUUGUGGUGUAUCCCGGUGCGUUUGUGGACCUCUUCACCACACACCUCAACAUCAUAUCACCCGUUCAGCAGCUCCGCAUCUUCUGUGCCGGAGUGUGGCACAACUUUGUCCUGUGUGUGGCAGCAUUAGCCUUCCUCUUCCUGUUGCCCAUCUUGCUGUUUCCCAUGUACUCCACCGGCAACGGGGCGUUCAUCACCGAGGUCAUCCAGGGCUCUGCGGCUGACGGUCCCCGGGGUUUGUCAGUCGGGGACAUAGUGACCGGGUUGGAGGACUGUCCCGUCAGGGGAGUGGAGGAGUGGAGCAGCUGCCUGUCUCACCUCUCUCACACCCCACAGACAGGAUACUGUGUCCCCGCCGCCAGCCUGCAGCCCAGCUGGGCCCACGGACGAGCUUUCAAGCGUCUGGAUGGAACGAUGGACUGCUGCAGCAACAACAGCCUGACAGACCUCUGUUUCUCUUACAUGAAGCCACAGGGCAAGAACAGCAGAGAGAGAGAGUACGCCUGCAUGCCGGUGCGUAAGAUGGUGACGGGAACGCGAGUGUGUCGUAGCGACAACGACUGCGCCGCCGGGCACUCCCACGUCGCCAGCAUUUGCGUCACUCCGUCUCUGGAGAACCAGACUCGCUUCAUCCGUGUCACGCACCCGCCCAACACGCACAUGCUGUUUGUGGGCUAUCCGCCGCACCUUCACUACGCCAUGAGUCUGACCAACUUUGUCCCCCGCUUUGGUUUCCUCCACCUGGAUCUGCCCGUCUUCUUGGAGACUUUCUGCAAAUAUGUGGUGUCCCUCUCUGGUGCGUUAGCGGUAGUAAACUCCGUGCCGUGCUUCGCUCUCGACGGUCAGUGGAUGCUGAACGCGCUGCUAGAGGCCACGCUGGUUACUGUGGUAACGGACCGUCAAAAGCGAGAGCUGAUUGGUUUCUUCCUGCUGCUGGCGGGCAGCGCCCUGCUGGCAGCCAACGUGGCACUGGGCCUGUGGAUGGUCACGGCGCGGUAGCCACAGCGGUGAGCUGCGCUGGCAAGACAAAAAACUAAAUGAAUAAAAACCCCCAUGUGGACGGAGAGUUGUUCUCCCAGGAUGUGUUUGACACGUGUGGACCAUUAAACUGUGAACAUUACAGGGAACAGACUGCAUUACCCAGCACUGCUGCCCACUUUCAGGAGACUGUUGAGCAGAACAUUUGUCUGCCUUUUAAGGGUUUACUGGACCACCAGGGAAAACAAUAACCAACCUUCUUCCACCUUGUUGCCGCCAUAUACUCGAAAAAGCACAUAUACUAAUAGAAUAAUGCACUUGCCGUAAAGCACUGUCCUAAGUGACCGUUUACAAAGACUUCAAAUGUUAAUAUCUAUGAAGGGUUUGAUUCCAAAAUGCCAUACUUUCCUGUUGACACACUGUCUGUCUCAAUGUGCUGCAAAGAGGUGCCCUUAGACGUUAGGCUGUUCAGAGAAGAGAAGCAAAAAAAACAAUAGUUUAAGUCAGUUUUCUUCAGUGUAUAAUCACCUGAAAAUAAGAGUUGUUGUGUUUCCGUUACCUUAGAAUGAGUAAUUUAUAUCUACAUAGGGAGCCGGUCCUCUCUUCACGGAGCCGUGUCAUGUUUCUGCAGUAGCCCAGAACGGACAAACCACUGUGUUAACUUUUCCUGCUUUGUCCGGAGUCGAUAAGUUAACCCUCGUCACUCCUCUCCAUCGCUGGGAAACAAGACACGGGAAACCUUUGUUGGUCUUGAGGAGCUGCAGCAUUUAUUUCUGCAACUUCUACUGAACAUUCACUUGAUAUUCUCAAAGCUAAACUAACUUCGUCUUCUGCUCCACUUGCUCACUUUUUCACUCGCACAUAUUUGCCACCACUCUCUCUCUUGCUUCACCACUCACUUCACUACACACUGUCUCGUCUAUUCUCCAAAUGACUUACGCUACUAGUACAACAGCUCUAGAGAGGGCCAUUCACGUUUUCACGUCAGGCACCGUAGUUCUGCUACACGCUUGGCACAUGGGAUAAGUUGCAAUCUGCAACCUCACAGCUAGAUGUCACCAGAUGUUACACACUGUACUUUUAAAAAGCCUUACAUUUAUUGGCAAAUGCAUGGCAAUACCUUGAAUUUCUACUACAUAUCACCAGUAGAAACAAAUGUACUACUUAAUAUUCAUGUGACAGGAACUGGCUAUAAGUGUGUACAUAUAAUUCAUUAAUGAAGACGACUCCUACAUCAUUUUGUGAUGUCCGACUAAUGUUUAAAGGCGGGUAUCCCAUUUCGAAUUGAAACGGAUUUGCUCCGAUAAGUGUCUUUCUCUUCCUCGAGCAUUGUCGAGGGAAAAUGAACUUGUCUGUGAACCUUUUCACACUUUUUCUCAAAGUGUAAGUUUCAUGUAUACUCUCUUGGCCGCUCACUGUCUGCAAUCCGGUUGUGAUUUGUCAAACUUGUGGAAUAAAGACUUCUUUUGUCUAUGCUGUCUUUCAAACUG